AUGUCUCUUGUGACUAGCAAUAGGUACAGUCUCGACUCGGCCAAGGUCAAGCCCAACGACGAUCUUAGAACCCUGAAGAUUCUAGACUUUCAAGAGUCUCGUGGUGGAUGUCUGUACGGAGCUACAAAUAAGACGUCUUCCAAAACUUUGUCUUUCUCUAGGCAUCUGACAAUCACGAUCUUCCAGUCGAAUCACAUCCGUCUGCCACAUCCACUCACCACUGAAUUUUUCUGUUGCUUUCCUAAAGAGGUUCGCUCUGACGCCAUGUUUCUGCACCUACUGAACCUCCAGUUCCCCGAGAAUUUGAACCAGGACCGGUCCGGUUACCCUAGACAGUCGACAAAUUCGCACAUAAUCCAGCCAACGGACAAAGGGACUUUUCCUUGA